UUAGAAGUGUGUUUACGGGUCAAUACGAUGUUGCAUGCGUCUCCUCGCGCUGCUAGGCCGGCUGCUUGCAGUCGCGCUUCUCGUGGGCGAAUGCUUGUCCGCGCAACAGCGGAGCCGGUCACUGAGAGCAAGAACCUAGAGAUUAUGCGCAAGUUUUCAGAACAGUAUGCAAAGCGGUCGGGAACUUAUUUCUGCGUGGAUAAAUCUGUUACAGCUGUGGUGAUUCAGGGGCUUGCUGAGCACAAAGAUACGCUUGGGGCAGCGUUGUGCCCCUGCCGUCACUACGAUGACAAGGAAGCCGAGGCGGCCCAGGGUUAUUGGAACUGUCCUUGUGUGCCCAUGCGCGAGCGCAAGGAGUGCCACUGCAUGUUGUUCUUGACUGAGGACAACGACUUUGCCGGGCGGGAUCAGACGAUUACAAUGGAAGAGAUUAAGAGCGGUAUCAGCGGCAUGCUGUAAAUAGCUUUACCAGAUAUAUCAGUCGCCGGCAGAGUGCAGAGGACGGGGCAGGGCUUCACAAGCUAUGCGGAGUUGCCUGAUUUGCUCCGCGAGCUCGGAGGUUAGCCUUUUCCUUGAGGCCAUUUCUUCACUAGCGGUGAGGAGGUGAGACGCCGAAUGUUCGAGCGGGCUUACGGAGGUCUGCACGCACCGAGGAGGAUGUGACAGCAAUUUUAGCCGUCGGCCGCUCCGCAGAACCAAACCCUUCAUAACUUUUUUGUUUACCUCGAGGACGUGGAGCGCUUUAUUAAAAGCCCUUUGGUGCUGAAGAGUUAGUCGAGAGACGUGCGGUGUUGCUUUGUUUUCAUUCGUUGCCAUGGUUUAUCGUCAUGUGCCUUAAGCUCCUAAAGCAUAUAUAUGCCAAUCGUAUCGUGCGGAAGUGUCUUCGCACUCGAGGCGAACGGGUGUUAAAGUAAUGUUCGGUUAAGGUACGGUUAGCUAAUAAGGUGUUUGUUUUACAUGGAUCGUGCGGGAUGGACGGCGAAGCAAGAAGCUUCUGGAGAGCUUCUCAGAUAACAACGCAUAUCGUGUUCAUUGUGGCACAUGGAUAUAGUAUUUUGCAAGGGACACGUCCCUGGUGCGGGUUGGAAACCCUUGUGUAAGUUGAAUGUCGUGUUGCAUUCCUUUGGUGAAGACGUCUGUAGUCUCCUCGACAGAACUCCUACUGUGCUAUUGCCUGAAAGUAGAUU